GGGUUGGCAGUGGCGCUGCAGCCCCAGGUCCUGUUAGGGCAAACGAGUUGGGUGGUGGCGAGGCUGGCGAACCUCUGAGCUCUGGAGAAGUUGAAGUGUCCCUGGGCCCGGCAUUGGCAGGUCCUCGUCUCCGCUCCCUGCUGGGACAGGGUGGAGGGAGCUCUUACCCCUGGGGACACAGGACACCCAGGGGCCUGGGCUUCUACUCUUAGUUCUCAGCUGCCUUCCUCAGCCCUCCGGCCACCACCUGGGUCUGCAGCCACCAGCUCGGUUUGAAACACCCCUCCCUCCAGCUUAGAAGGAGGCCCGGUUGGCCAGGGGGUUAUUUUGGGAGCAGCUUCUGAGAUCCAAUGGCCUUGUUAGGGCAACACUGACCUUUCUGUCCCCGGGGAGGGCAGGGCUGGAGAAGGGGCGGGGCAGCGCGGCGGGACGAUCGCAGCCCGCACACCCACCGGGUGGAGGAGAAGGGGGCCAGCGGCCUCGGCUGGGGCUGCCACCCAGGGGAUUGCCCCUCUUUGAAUCAGUGGGUCCCCUCUACCCCCACCCCUUUCCCUGUGCUUCUUAAAGGGAUCUCACCGUUUUUCCUGGGAUUUCAUGGAAGCCAGACUUGGGACGUUUUGUGGGGACUUGGAGUCUUUCCUUCCUGUUUCCUCUGCAAGAGGCAGCCUUCCUUCCUGGGGCUGACUGAGCAGGCUCCCAGGCAUGGCACUGCCCAGUGUCCCCAGUGCUGACCUGGCUCUUGGGCUCUUUCAGCCUCUGCUGGCGUCUUGCUUCCCCCCUCCGGGGGCAUGGUGGUGAGUCUGGGGGCCCAGCCCUGAGGGUGCCUGGAGAGUGUCACCCCCUGCACCCAAGCUGGAGGACGGGGAGGGUGCUGGGGGCGAGGAUGAGAUGAGCGGGGGCCGCUUCGACUUUGAUGAUGGCGGGGCGUACUGUGGGGGCUGGGAGGGGGGGAAGGCCCACGGGCAUGGACUGUGCACUGGCCCCAAGGGCCAGGGCGAAUACUCAGGCUCCUGGAACUUUGGCUUCGAAGUGGCCGGCGUCUACACCUGGCCCAGUGGAAAUACCUUCGAGGGAUACUGGAGCCAGGGCAAGCGGCAUGGGCUGGGCAUAGAGACCAAGGGGCGCUGGCUCUACAAGGGUGAGUGGACACAUGGCUUCAAGGGGCGCUACGGAACCCGGCAGAGCACCAGCAGCGGUGCCAAGUACGAGGGCACUUGGAACAAUGGCCUGCAGGAUGGCUACGGCACUGAGACCUAUGCAGAUGGAGGGACUUACCAAGGCCAGUUUACMAACGGCAUGCGCCAUGGCUAUGGGGUGCGCCAGAGCGUGCCCUACGGGAUGGCCGUGGUGGUGCGCUCGCCGCUGCGCACGUCGCUGUCAUCUCUGCGCAGCGAGCACAGCAAUGGCACAGUGGCCCCGGACUCGCCCACCUCACCAGCCUCCGAUGGCCCGACGCUGCCCUCGCCGGCCAUCCCCCGCGGUGGCUUCGCGCUCAGCCUGCUGGCCAGCGGCGAGGCGGCGCGCGCGCCCCGGGGUGGCCUCUUCCAGCGGGGCGCGCUGCUGGGCAAGCUGCGGCGCACGGAGUCACGCACGUCCCUGGGCAGCCAGCGCAGUCGCGUCAGCUUCCUGAAGAGCGACCUGAGCUCCGGGGCCAGCGACGCAGCCUCCACUGCCAGCCUGGGCGAGGGCGCCGAGGGCGCCGACGACGCCGCGCCUUUUGAGGCGGACAUCGACGCCACCACCACCGAGACGUACAUGGGCGAGUGGAAGAAUGACAAGCGCUCGGGCUUYGGCGUGAGCGAGCGCUCCAGUGGCCUGCGCUACGAGGGCGARUGGCUGGACAACCUGCGCCACGGCUACGGCUGCACCACGCUGCCCGACGGCCACCGCGAGGAGGGCAAGUAUCGCCACAACGUGCUGGUCAAGGGCACCAAGCGCCGCGUGCUGCCGCUCAAGAGCAACAAGGUCCGCCAGAAGGUGGAGCACAGUGUGGAGGGUGCCCAGCGUGCCGCCGCCAUCGCGCGCCAGAAAGCUGAGAUCGCCGCCUCCAGGACAAGCCACGCCAGGGCCAAAGCCGAGGCAUCAGAACAGGCUGCUCUGGCCGCCAACCAGGAGUCGAACAUUGCCCGCACUCUGGCCAGGGAGCUGGCUCCGGACUUCUACCAGCCAGGUCCGGAAUAUCAGAAGCGCCGGCUGCUGCAGGAGAUCCUGGAGAACUCGGAGAGCCUGCUGGAGCCCCCCGAGCGGGGCGCGGGGGCUGCAGGCGUCCCGAAGCCGCCCCGCGAGAGCCCGCAGCUGCAUGAGCGCGAGACCCCGCGGCCCGAAGGGGGCCCACCGUCGCCGGCCGGGACUCCCCCGCAGCCCAAGCGUCCCCGGCCGGGGACGUCCAAGGACGGCCUGCUGGGCCCGGGCGCCUGGAACGGCGAGUCUGGUGGCGAGGGCAGCCGGCCCGUCACGCCGUCCGAGGGCGCGGGCCGCCGCAGCCCCGCGCACCCCGCCACGGAACACAUGGCCAUCGAGGCGCUGCAGGCGCCGCCCGCGCCGUCGCGGGAUCCCGAGGUGGCGCUGUACCGCGGCUACCACAGCUACGCCGUGCGCACAGGGCCGCCCGCGCCUCCGCCCUUCGAGGAUGAGCCCGAGCCCGAAGCCUCCGGGUCCGACUCCGCGCCACCGUCCCCGGCCACCGCCCCSGUGCAGGCCCCUGCGGUCCAAGUCUGCGAGCCUGCGCCCGAGGCCYCCUCCAAGUUGGAGCCCAAGCCCAUUGUCCCCAAAGCCGAGUCCAAGGCCAAGGCCCGCAAGACUGAGGCCAGAGGGCUGACCAAGGCUGGGGCCAAGAAGAAGGCUCGGAAGGAGGCGGCGCUGCUGGCAGAGGCGGAGGUGGAGGUAGAAGAGGUCCCCAAUACUGUCCUCAUCUGCAUGGUGAUCCUGCUCAACAUCGGCCUGGCCAUCCUCUUUGUCCAUCUCCUGACCUGACCUUCGUCUACCAGAGCCAGGAGUUCCGGGGACACCAUGAUCCAUCUUUUUGCAAUGCCAGGCAGGUGGCCAAAGAGGACAAGACUCUGCUCCUGGAGCCCCGCGCCCAGCUCACAUCCACAACACAGAUGCUUAAGGAGGCCUCCCGGGGCCGUGCUGUGGGUUGGGUGCCAGAGGAGUAAAACGUCUGGGACCCCUCCAGGGGCGCUCUGCUCGGGGGCAAGGGAAGCCCUGAGGGGAGACCCCUGGUCUCUUGAGCUUCCUGAUCUGCUCCUGUCCCCUGUCCUCACCCACUCCUUCUCCUUGCCCCUUGUCACCCAAUCCCUGAGCUUUUGUGUGUUUUGGAAGAAGUCACUUAAGCAGGAUGUUGAUGUUCAAUGAUGUUCUCCCUCUUGCUCCUACCCCCCUCCCAUUUUAACUUAGUCCCCUGGCUGGUGGCCCAAGGUUGCCUGGGAAGCUGAGGGGGUACUGAAAUCCCUUGGACCAUGUGGUUGUACCCAGCACACAGCUGGCCCUGACUUACAGAGGUUCUGGAUGAUGGUGGAGGAAAUGGACAAGUUCAGCUGACUAGCCCAGCAUGCAGUGCUCCGCCUUCUCCCACCAAUCCACUCAGCCUCCCUCCUGGCCCAGUAGCACAGGGGGAGACCUGGGGAAUGGGAGCCUUUGCCUAGGAAGCCACUGACCCCAGGGGCGGGGCGGGAGGAAGGGUAAGGUGCCGUUGUGGUGGCCCCUGUUUGUGGGUGUGUCUGAGGCUGGAGUUGCAUUUAGAGCUGCUGAUUUCCUUGGGGUCASUGUACAGAAGUUCUCGGGCCGGUGAGCUACAGCUCGUAUGAUGCCCUAUGAAUUGGCUUGUCCCCUUCCCCCACCAGGGCCACUGUGGGCUCAGGGAGGCAUGACAUGGAAGGGAGGCAGAUUUCCCUGGGCAGACUCUCAGGYGGGUGCUGAGAGAUCAGCCUGGUGCAGUCUUCACAAGAAAGCCCCUUCCAUAUGCUUGGCAAACGACACUCACAUGCACCUCCCUUAAAGAUGUCCUCACACACUGUGUCUGGGCCCUCAGGCUUGCUGGGGGGUGGCCUGGGGGCUAAGGGCUGUGGUUCCCUGUCUCCAGAAAGAAGGGAAAGAGCUCCCAGGCCCACCCAAGCCCUUCCUGGGGAAGGAUGUGGCCACAGCAUCCGAGCUGAGCUGGAGGUGCUGCUGCUAUUCUGUUUCUCUGGACCUUGGAGCCUCCGUGUGGUGCCAGGCUCCCCCCCAGGGCAGGUCAGGACCUGGUCAUUUGGAACAACUUUCCCUUCCCCCUUCUCCAUCCUUAGGAACCUUCCCCUCUAGCUUUGCACUUGCCCGUUUCCAGCUGCCAGAGCCUCUAGCRUGGCUGGAAUCCUGAACUGUGCUUCUGCAGAGAGGAGCCUACAGACGCCCCCAUYCCAGCCAGCUGUGGGCACCACUCUGCAUCUGUGUCUGGGCUUUUCUGGACUCCUAGGGAAUGAGGGGGUGGGGUAAGGCUCCUCAGGGCUGACAGGCUCCGGGCCUCAACUCUAAGAUCAUUGCUCUGGGUUUUUGGGUCUGGUCCUGUGCUGGGGACGAGCCUGUGGCUGCCAGAGCUGUGGGGCCUGGUUGGAACCGGUGUGGGGGUGGGGGCUUAGGUGCUACAGGCUGUGCAAUAAUAAACUUGUGUCUGCUCACAGGCUCCAUGGCCCAGCUGCAGUGUCUGCAUGUGGGCCAGGAUGAGGGACUGGCGAAGGAGAGGCGGGGGAAGCUGGUCCUGCUGGUCUAGGUCCUCACGUSCUCAGAAAGUUCCCGUAAUGCUUUUUGAGGGGCCAUGAGGGGCUUCAGUACUGGAGGAACAGCUCAGGGGCUAUAGACCUUGCACAGUGGAGUCUGUUUCUAAAGCAGACAUCCAGGAGCAAGAGCCUGCCCUUAGAGGAGGAAGACCCUUGGAUCCCAGUCCUGGCUCACUUUCUCCACUUCUCAGAGUCUCAGUUUUCUCAUCUAUAGAAURGGGGUAACAACACCACCCACYUCCCUGGGUGACAGUGAUGGUUACAUUCAACGUUGACACUUACGUAUAACCCAGCUGUUGAGAGCAGCCGGGAGACAGACAGGCAUCCUUAUUGUCAUCAGGUCACAGCAUAGUCACCAUACCUGUCACACAACCUCUUGCAUUUUGAUGGAGGAUCCCCAAACCCUAAAGAGGUGGAAUCGCCUUAGGCCCCAACUGCACAGUCCCAGCAUGUCUCCGUCACAGGGGACCUCCAUGCCAUCUCCACAGAGGCUCAGAGGAGAGGGGACCUGCCCCAAGUCACACCAGCCUGUGGAGGGACAAGGUUCUCUAGCUUGCUGGGGAACAAGCCCUAUCAUUAAGCUUCUCUCAGUGGGUGGCCUCGGCAAGUGGGCCGCAGGGUAGGGUCCCUCACCCACCGGCAGGCUCAGGCCCAAUGUUCGGGUCCUCAGGAGCCCUGGUUCUCUCCCAAGCACCUCCUCUGGCUUGGCAUGUGUCCCCGGCCUCCCUCCCUCUCUGUGCCUUGGUUUCCUCUUAUGCCAAGGAGACUGUCCAUGGCCUUCUUCCCAGGAAGUGCAGGCGUGAGGAUCAAAUGAAGUAGAUUUGGGGUGGUGAAGACUGCUUAGAGCUUAGGGAGCGCGGGAGGGCUGUCUUAGAAUGACCUGGGACAGCUGGCAAAGAAGGUGGCUUCCUGAGCCGGGACUGGACCCCAUCGGGUAAGGUUGGAUGGAGUCGGGCUCCUCCAGCGGCUCAGGACCCAGCCUGGCGGGUACCUCCCCUUCCAGCCUCGGUCCCUGGUGCCCUAGGAGGUUUCACCAGUCCCCUGCCAUGUUACAUUUGAGGUGUUCUAUACCAUGCUGGAACCACAGGAAAACCGUGGGCAUUGCUGGGACCCGUGAUCACUGACCACUACCAUGGGGGAGGAUUUGCCAGACUCUUCCAGGGCAGAGAAGGGGAAGGGGCUGGGAACUAUGGGAGCCAGAUGCAGGGUUUGCAGCAAGAAGGGGAAGUUCCAUAAUCUUUGAUGGACCCACAGAUGAUCUGGCUGUGGUGGGUGAUGCAGGCCCAGUGAGGACCUUUAGAGGCCACAAGCCUGACAAAGCCACACGGAAACCUGCCUCUCCCUUAUGUAACUCAAUAAAAAAACCCUAAAAUCUAAAAUGCAAAAUGGAAGUUUGCCGAAAUUAAAAGAGCUCAAAACUGUU